UCUCACUUCCUAAGGCUACGGGUGGAGGGGACGCGGAGGCGGUGUAGGUGACGCGCAGGGCCGUGGGCAGGCUCCGGCGCGCAAUGCGCGUGCGCGGGGCAGGAGCCACGGUCCUCUUCGUGGGUUGGAGAUGGCGGCGUCCGAGGGACCGUCGGCUGAGCCGCAUGGCUAGUGUGAAAGCAGCCCCAAAGAUCAUUGACACAGGAGGAGGCUUCAUUUUGGAAGAGGAAGAAGAAGAAGAACGUAAAAUCGGGAAAGUUGUUCAUCAACCAGGACCCGUUAUGGAAUUUGAUUAUACAAUAUGUGAAGAAUGUGGGAAAGAAUUUAUGGAUUCUUAUCUUAUGAACCACUUUGAUCUGGCAACUUGUGAUAACUGCAGAGAUCCUGAUGAAAAACACAAACUUAUAACCAAAACAGAAGCAAAACAGGAAUACCUUCUGAAAGACUGUGACUUAGAAAAAAGAGAACCGGCUCUUAAAUUUAUUGUGAAGAAGAAUCCUCAUCAUGCACAAUGGGGUGAUAUGAAACUCUACUUAAAAUUACAGAUUGUGAAAAGGUCUCUUGAAGUUUGGGGUAGUCAGGAAGCUUUAGAGGAAGCAAAGGAAGUUCGACAGGAAAACCGAGAAAAAAUGAAACAGAAAAAGUUUGAUAAAAAAGUGAAAGAAUUACGGCGAGCAGUAAGAAGCAGUGUGUGGAGAAGGGAAAUGAUUACUCAUCAACAUGAAUAUGGACCAGAAGAAAACAUAGAAGAUGACAUGUACCGGAAAACUUGUACGGAGUGUGGCCAUGAACUGACAUACGAAAAAAUGUGAUUUUUAGAUCUGUGUCCUGGUUUACUCAGUUUUAUACUUAAAUAAAGGAAAUUUAGAUAAAAUCUGGUUGAAACUUUA